AAAGUAAAACCAGAGAAUACUCUCUCCUCAAAGAGCGCGAUGCGUCCAUGCUGCUGCAUUUUCAUCUUCUUUCAUGUGAUCCAUUAAAAAAGAUCAUUUUGACUUUCUGCCCUGGCUUAGCCAGCUCUCUGACCUGACCUUGGUCAGACCGGUGUGUAUUUUGGCAGGUGUUGGUGGGAUCCAGACCUGACGUGUCCCUGAUAAGAGAUGUGUCUGUGCAUGUGCCACGUUGCCUGACAGAGAGCAGAGUCUGGGACUGAACCCUUCAUUCAGUCUUUUUGCAGAGCAGCUGAUGUGAGACAUGUCAGGACUUAACGCCUCCCUCGGGUACUUCCUGUCUGUGGUCCUCUUUGCGGUCUCAGUACUGACUCUUUUUAAGAAAUGGCCUCGGUUCAGCUUCCUGCUGGAGUUUGCGUCCUCCUUCAUGCUGGUGGCGUGCAGGCUGGAGGUGCAGACCAUCGUGGAGGUGGGGGAGUGGGCUGGAGGUCUGGGUCCUGAUGUGACCCUGACCAUGCUGUUUGUGGUGCUGCUGACUAACGGAGUGGUCUGUGGGGGGGCGUCAGGGAACCCCGCUCUGGUGCUGCUGAAGUUCCUGCAGCUGGAGACCCCCACCCUGCCCACGCUGCUGGCUGUGGUGGCUCAGUUCCUGGGGUCCCACCUGGCCCUCCUGGUGGCCGUGUACUACUGGAGUCUGGAGCUCACCGACAUGCACAUGAUCAAGAACCUGAUGGCGAGGGAGUGCAGCUCGUCUCUGCUGGUGUCUGUGCUGCAGGGCUUCUUCACCGAGUGUGUCUGCACGCUUGUCUUCCUCCUCAUCCACCUGAGCCUCAGACGCAGAUCUGCUCUGAUCCGGAUCCCUCUGAUCGCUCUCCUGCUCACAUUCCUGUCCCACACAGCGAGAGGUUUCACCUCAGCGUACAUGAACCCGUCGCUGGCGUACGGCCUCACCUUUCACUGUCCUGGAUUCACCUUGAUGCAGUAUGCGGUGGUUUACUGGCUGGGUCCUCUCACAGGUAUGAUCCUGGCUCUGCUCCUGUACAUGGGGCACAUCCCGAGGAUCUUUGCAAAGAACCUUUUAUACUUCCAGAAGACUCGAAUCAGAGUGCGGAAAGGAGACAAAGCAGAGAAGAAGAAGAUGUGACUUUUUAUUUUUUUUAAUCAACCUUCAAAGAAUAUCUGACAACAAACAUUUCAUCCUGACUGAGCUGGAGUAAAAGCUGCUAGCUGUACAGAGAAUGUAAAAUAUGAAUCAUGAAUCUAAAUAAAUAAGGAUCAUUUUUACAUC